AUGCAUCUCGAGCAGGCUAUCGAUUACGUUGGCGGCAACUACGGCCCAUCUACCGGCCAACUUCUCAACAUCAUCUUCAAAUGCAUACUGCACUUCGGAGCCGUCGCGGUAUGUCUGGUGCCUCUGCAGCUCUUUUCCGCAAGCGGUGAGCUUGCUGGCGUGGUCUUGGUCAUCUCUAGCGGCAUCAUGAACUUCUACCAGUUCAUCAACGCACUCCUCUGGCACAACGAUGACAUUGCCAACUGGCCACGCGGCUACGGAUGGUGUGACGUCCAACUUGCCUCUGCAUGCCCUUUGGAAACAUUGGUCGCUGCCAGUAUCUGUGCGAUCCUGCGCAACGUGGCGAAUCAAAUCUCUUCGUUGCGGGCGACGGCGCUCACAGGCAACGAGAAGCGAAGAAAGAACCUCGUACACGCCCUCAUCAUCUUCCCUGUCCCGUUGCUGCAAGGAAUACUUUACUAUUUCGUGAUUGCGAUGAGGUACAACAUCUCAGGCAUCAUCGGAUGCCAGGCCGUCUACCAGACCAACUGGGUGUUUUUGGUCAUCUUUCUCCUUCCAUGCCCAAUCUUCGCGCUUUCCGCUGGAUAUUACGCAGUCUACACAUUGUGGCGAUACAGGCAGGUCGACUCGGAAUCCCGACAAAAUUUGUGGAAUUCUAGGAACACCAGUGUUCAAGCACGAAACGCGAGGGCCCGGAGGAAACUCUACUUUACGACGCUGACAAUCCUCACACCCUACCUUCCCUUGCAGCUGGUGUUCUUGUACCAUAACAUCAGUUUGGGGAUGAGUUGGGCGGCACCAUUUGACCUUGCAACCCUCCACCGCCAAGGCUGGAACGAGAUCGACUACUCCCCAUCUACGACCGUCCCAUGGACCAUUAUGUACGGGACAUACGCCUAUGCCAUCGGAGUCUUCAUCAUAUUCCUCUACUUUGGGCUGACGAAGGAUGCGCACGACUUGUACCGUAAAUACCUGCGAGCUUUGGGCCUCGGAAAGAUCAUCCCCAAGCUCAACGAGGAGUGGUUUCCAUCCGACCAGCCGCCUGCAAGCCUGAGCAGCAUGUGGUCUCGUGCAAAGAGAGCUUCUGCGUUUGUCUCGUCAACACAAACAUCACAAAGGAGCCCCCCUACAAGCCAAAAGACCAACACCAAAACAGUCCAGGUCAGCGACGUCGACGACAUACAGCCACUGAACAUCCGCCUGGACAGCUUGGACCUCGAAGCGGCUCGCUCGACGACAGAUGCUGCACGCUCAUCCGAUCACAUGCCACAGCUACCCAAGCGAGACCCAUGGGUCUUCCUCUCCACGCUUCCAUCAACCUUCCACAUAGGCAGCAUUUUCGGAGGCAAGAGGCGCAGAGCCAUGAGCACACUGACCGGGAACAGCUCUCCUACACCCAUCAUACACCCUCUCCACACUACCCAAGCGCCAUCAGCGAUGGGGAAGUAUCACCCUAGCCAAUUCUCGAAUGAUGCUCACGAAAUGAGCUGGAAUCCGCCCACCAUUGACGGCCGCGUGCGCACGAGGGUAUGGGCGGCAGAGAGAAAUGGCGCAAUACCUGUGGAUGGUGAAAGCUUGAGGGACGAGGAUAUGGAUGACGGCGUCGUGAGGGUCGAGAGGCACAUCUCAAGCUCCAGCGAGGUUUCUCCUCCCAAGCCUGUUUACCACCAGGACUGGUAG